AUGGCGACGAUGAUGAGAGACGAUGAUGAUCAACGCGAGGGUUUGAUGAGAGAAAGGAGAACGUUUGAUCUUUUAGCGAGGUUGCUUGUCGCUUUCCGUGACGAAGAAACAAGAGCGACGAGACGUGAAGAAGAAGAAGAACAGAGAAAAAGAUUCUUGAUCGAUUGCGUAACUGGGGAAGCCGCGAGAUCUUUACUGGGAAAACGAAAGACUAUGGAGCGCCGCGAGAGUCAAGAAAACCCUAACCGUCUUGAUCACGCUUCCUCUUCUUCUACUUCUUCUUCGUCAAGUUUGUCCUCCGUAGAGUCCGAGAAGCGUCUUGCGGUGGUCCCGAUCAGAGCAGUGCCGAUUAGAGAAUUAAAACCGCCGGUUAAAAGAAAGCCGCCGGUUAGACAGCCGGUCAUCAGAAGAGAGAGGGGGGAGACGCCGGAGUGGCUGGUUAACCUAAUGAGAGAAGAGGACGGUGUGGACGCGAAGCUCGUCAUCGAAAAGGAUCUGAUGAAGAGUGAUCUCGCGACAAACCUAACGCGUCUCUUGAUUCCAUGGAACCAGAUGGCGGAGAUGGACUUCUUGAGCGAGGAAGAGCAGAGAAACAUAGAUGACCAUUUCAACAAGAAGCGUCUGACGGGAGUGGAUGUGAUCUUGGUCGAUUCUAAUCGCCGAAAGUGGAAUCUUAACCUCAGGAGAUGGGAUAUGAAGAACAGUUGCAACUACGUCUUGGUUACCGGUUGGACCAAGGUCUUUCGCCAUAACCGGUUACAGGUAAACCAGAGGAUUCACCUCUGGUCCUUCCACUCCAAAGGCAGGCUCUACUUAGCUCUCGUUCCUCCUCCGCAGCCUCAAGCUCUGGCUCUAGCUGCAGAUCAAGAUCGGGUUGUGGCUCAACCUCUGGCUCAAGCUACAGAUGCAGCUUCUUCUUCACCCGUGGCUUCAGUUGUUACUAGAGAUUUUGACGUGAUAUUUGGACGUGAAGCUAGUCUUGAGGCUGAAGAAGAGAGUAACAGGAGGUUUGUUAACUUUCCAAAGAGAAGGAGGACUGGUCGUGUUCCGGUUCCUAAGCCGACUAGAGAUUCCGGAGAAAUCAACUGGAUGGCGGUGGAGAUUGCUCCUAUGGAGGCUGUACAAGAGACAAUUAGCUGGACUUGCCGAGUUCCGGUUCCUGAGACGACUAGAGAGUCCGGAGAAUUCAACUGGAUGGCGGUGGAGACGGCUCCUAUGGAGGCUGUACAAGAGACAAUUAGCUGGACUUCACCACACUCUGACGAGGAUCUGGAUCUGGAGCUCCGGUUGUAA